AUGGACUUCAUUCUCUCGUUGACGCACUUCUGUGAGGUGCACGGUCCCACCUCUAUCAUCUGCUCGCAGGUGCUUCCCUUUUCAUGCCCGCAAUGCCACCCUGAAUCCGACUCACCACAAGGGACCCCGGCCACCGAUUCUCGCUUUGAACAGCCUCGUCACAAAGAAGACUCCAAGUCGCCCAGAAUUGAAGACCACCCGUACUUUUUGAAAGGACAGCCGGCCUCACCCGAUGAGAAAGCCAACCGAGGUGGCGGGAAUGGCGACACUUGCGCCAGCUGUAGCCUGUCGCUACCCGCCGAUGUAAGCAAGCAACUGCCUCAGGGUGCCGGCGACAAAGCGAGCAAUACCAGUCCCGUGUUGCGCUCGCGCGAAUUGGUCAACUCAUGCGGCAACACACAUUCGGACAUGGAUGACGACUCUCACGAUUUCCACUCUCACGCCUCUCCCCCCGAAUCACUGCGCUCUGCAUCGGUCGCCUCCGAUGCCUCCUGUCACACCCACAUCCAUACUUACCUCUCUCAGCGCGGGCCGCCGAAACCGGCCGACUAUGCGCUCCUCCGCCGAUCUUCCAUCCGCACUCUGAGCUGCGAGCUCCUGCCCCGAGGUCUCUCUUCUGGCCCUAUCUGCUUCGGCGACUCUGUCGCAGGCUACACGAUUGCCUACAUCUUCCGCCUUCCGGACCCCAUGGCCCGCGGCAAGCGUCGCAGCUACGCACUAGUCGCACUGGCCGGGCGGGAUGCCGGAAGAGCAUUUCGCGCAUGCCCCAUCAUCUGGCGCGCAUUCGGUCGCAUCGCCGCCAGCAUCGUUACUGCUGCAGAGCGUUUCCAGGAAGACGAGAAAACUCGUGAUGAGCAAAACAACCCGGGAAGACAGCCCGGUCGCCAGUACACGCCUGUCUCAUCCUUCCUCACGGGUCGUGCCAUGGACCCGGCUGGCCGGCGUGCGGCUGGCCAGAUCCGCGCCCGCAACUUGGCUGAAAUUGUCGGCAAUGAAUAUAUCUUUACUGAACUACAUGCCCACUUUGUCGCACUCCUUCAACAGCUCGGCUCGAUGUUUGGCGGUAUUCCUCUUUCCGAGGAGCGCUUCAUUUGCAGCACGAUGGGUGACGAUGAUACUGCCAAUCCCGCUCAGCCGGUCCUUGUUUCCGCAACCGGACAACCCAAAGACAAGAAAUUCGAUGGCAAUGACCUUGACAUGUCAAACCUUGAAAUUGCCUCGGAGCCAAAGGCGAUCCCCAUUGCGCCUCGCCGGCCCGUCAUGGCCUGA